AUGCAUACCUCUAAGUUUUUCGCGUUCGUUUCGCUCAUCGUGGGGGCCUUCGCCCCGCCGCCCAAGCACUUCCUAAACUGGGUCUGUACUGGUCAGGACAGUGAUGAUAUUCCAGACGUCUGCAACAAUAUGUGCUACGGAGCUACUUGCAAGAGCUUGCCAGUCCAGAUGUACUGGGACCAGCCUGACUCUACCACCCGUAAACGUCGUGGCCGCAAUGCGGGCUGUGGUACUUCGCACACUUGCAGCAGCGGUCAACAAUGCGAUGAAUAUCCCUACGCUUCAACUAGCACCGCUGAUCAGGUUACUGCGGUCAGCCGCUGUGUUCCUAGGGAUCAAAACAAUCGCCAGGGCCAAGGCCUUCGUCAGUUUUACAACUCCCAAGGUAGCUUUAAGGGUGACGGGCUCGGUGGAAAUAAAGGCGGCUAUACCGUUGGAUUUGCCAAUGCUGGUACUAUCCAGUACUGCAUCGGUACCAACUGCGCCAACGAUGGCAAAGAGUACACGCGCAAUGGCCUAGCCAAGCGGGACCGCAUCCAGCGGCGCAACGCUGGUGGCCUCUACAAGCUUAACAAUGGUGCUACUUUCUACGCUCCGAGCGGUGCUGAGGUUGGCGACAUUGUCUGGACUCCCAAGUCUCACAAUAAAACAUUGUCCCUCGAGAUGUCCAAGAGCCAUGUUUUCGAUCCGGACCAGGGCCUUGAGCAAUAUGAAUACAUGAUGUUUAAUAUGUAUACGGAACGAAGUGAAGUUGUUGGCCCUGCUGAUGGAGACGAAGCUUAA